AUGCUUCAUCUAGACGGCAGCACGCUCGAAGGCGGCGGCCAACUCGUGCGCAUCGCUGCCGCCCUAUCAGCUUUGACCGGAAAACCGCUGAGUAUCAGCCGCAUACGCGCGAACCGAAGCGGCUCCAAGGGGCUGAAGGCCUCUCACUGUGCGGCCAUAAAAUUCUUGCUUGAUGUCUGUGGAGGGACCGCGGUGGGGAACCAGGUUGGACAUCAUGAACUCUCUAUCUACCCAAGGGGACAGGAGACCGGGAGGAGCAGUUUGCAGACCAAGCGGGAAGACAGCAAUGCGAAUUCAGACCUGAGAAAGUCGGCGGCGUCUUUACAGCAGCUAUCACUCACUUCUCUGUACUCGUCACCGCGUGUCACAGUCAAAUCAGAGUAUGACAUACGCCUAUCAACACCGGGCUCGGUCUUCUUAAUAUUCCAAGCGCUCUAUCCGUACCUUUUGUUUGCCGGCGCAUGCACACCGACGACAGAAGCCGAUGCUAGCACUUCAGACACGGCACGGGAGCACCCAAAAGAAAUACGGGUAAAUAUCACAGGCGGCACGCAUGUGUCAUUCUCCCCGUCGUACGAUUAUAUAUCCCAAGUGUUGAUUCCAAAUUUCGCGAAAUUUGGGCUCCCCCCUUUAUCCAUGGAACUGAAGAAACGCGGCUGGGCCACAGGCCAAUGGGUAGAAGUAGGGGCAGUGUCGUUGGUUAUCUCACCCUUAUCGGCAAAUGGGACGCCGCCUAGGUCUGACACUUUAUCAUCACCGUCGCACGACAGUGGCAGAGCUCAGGCCGAAACACACCCUGUAGUAUUCCCAAGCAUCGAGCUGGAUGCGUUUGACAAAGGAUUUAUCACGCAGAUAGAUGUGACAAUCCUCGCACCUGAUACCCUUGCACGGAACCUUCUAAAGGAACUUUCUGCAAAGUCGGCCAAGGGCCGCAACAGGGACAAGAAGUUGCAAAAGAAGGCAGUUCGUUGCCAUGGCGCACCCGGGGUCCGAAAUCCGUAUCGUGAGCAGGAAUCUUCGGAGGACGGAGACGAGUACCUUAGUAACGCCGGGGAUCAAGCAGCGUGUAUGGGUGAUGAUGCCUGUAACAUGAAGCAAGGACCACCUCAAACGGCUCGAGAAUAUAUCCAGCUGGAAACUAUCAGGACGUUAUCCAGAGAGCUCAAUCGCCAGGUCAACAGGGAACAAAGCGUGUUACCAGCCACACCAGAGAUCGACGAUGCAGAGGCCGAUGAGAUGCAGUCACAUCGUAUUAAUAUUGGUGACGUGGUUGUUAAUCUGCAUACAUCAGAGGCAACGUCCCACUACUCACAGACCUAUAUCCUCCUAGUCGCCCACACAUCGACGGGAUUCCGGCUGGGGAGAGACGCACUUUAUUCGUCAUUCCACCAUGGGCCAAGCAGGAGCGAUUCCAAGCCAGGGAAGAAGGCUGGGAAAGGGUCUGCUAGAUCCAGUGCAGACAGUGGGAAGAUCCUUCUGAGAAUGAAGGGCAUGAUUGAUAAAUGCGUGACAGACCUAAUGGAUGAAUUUGAUUGCCAUCCAGGAGACCAGGGGCAGGGCAAACGGAUAAUCAUGCCGAAGAAGGCAGUUGAUGUAUAUAUGAGGGAUCAGCUUGUUGUAUUUGAAGCGCUUGGAAGAUUGACCCAUCCCCGCCCCCAUCUAUCGGCGGGCGGGGAGCAGCGGGACGAGGAGGGAGUUAGCCUUCAUACUCGCACCGCAAAGUGGGUAUGUGAAGAGAUACUUGGAAUUCCAUAAUGGACCAGAGUGUUAGCGCUACUCCGUGGUUAAAAUACUAUCUUCUACCCGCCGCCCCCUAGCGCAUUGGGCUCGAUAGUAUCGAUCAUCACGAGGGAAUCGACAGCAUCUUCACUCACCCACUCAAUCAAUCUGAGAGCAUAUUCCAUCUAAAACUAAAUAGCGUCAACGAUGGGAUCCAUCAGAACGCUUUAGGCCUUGUUUCACCUUGCCAUAGUCGCGCAGCAAUGCAGCCCUAAACAUGCCUAAAACAUGCUUCACAUAUGAUAUUCUGCAGACUACGGAGUAAUCCGUUAUUUUAUUCAGAGCAAGGAGAAGCUCCCCAUUCAUAUUAUUAUAUUUACACAGACCCGGCGAAGCUCAGCUGCAGCUAACAAACCGGACCAGUUAGUGGAUAGGGCCAAGGGUGUGUCGAGCUGUCGGUUCAACGGUCGUCGUGGCGCUCU